CACGAUGGAAGACUACAAGAACGCUAAAUCGGUGUAUGACUUCACGGUAAAGGACUCGCAAGGUGCCGAUGUCAGCCUGGAAAAGUAUCGCGGCAAGGUGCUGCUAAUCGUCAACAUUGCCUCGCAGUGUGGUCUAACGAAGGGCAAUUAUGCCGAGCUGACGGAGCUAUCGCAAAAGUACGCGGACAAGGACUUCAAAAUUCUGUCCUUCCCAUGCAAUCAGUUCGGUGGCCAAAUGCCGGAAGGUGACGGUGAGGAAAUGGUGUGCCAUUUACGUUCGGCCAAGGCAGAAGUUGGAGACGUCUUCGCUAAGAUCGAUGUAAACGGUGACGGCGCACAUCCGCUCUACAAGUAUCUGAAGCACAAACAGGGUGGCACUUUGGGUGAUUCGAUCAAGUGGAACUUUGCUAAAUUUUUGGUCAACAAGGAUGGUCAACCGGUGGAUCGAUAUGCACCAACUACGUCGCCCAGUAGCAUUGUUAAGGAUAUUGAAAAACUGCUAGGCUAGGC